AUGUCUUUAUUUCUCAGUAACUUAUUAACAAAUGACUCCAGCCUGUGGAAAGAAAAUCAUAAUUCUACGGACCUUUUCAAUCCUCCAGGAGCUCUGAGUAUCUACCUGUUUUGUCUAAUCUGUUUCAUGACUCUUGCAGCUCUUGCGGGCAGCAUCUUUUCCCUCACUUCCUUGCUAAAAAUGCAGAACCGAACUGUCGUCUCCGUGCUUGUGGCUUCCUGGUCUGUGGAUGAUCUCCUGGGAGUCUUGGCGGUGACCAUCUUCAUGCUUUUGCAGUGGCCAGACGACGUCCCUGGCUACUUCCAGGCUCUGUGCACCACCUCUGCCAUAGUGUAUCUGUGCCAGGGCCUCUCCAGCAACUUGAAGGCGACUCUGUUAGUCUCCUACAACUUUUACACUUUGCGCAGGGCUGUGGGGAGCCACGCAGGCUCGGGGAGCUCUGGCCGGGCGCUAGGCGCGGCGCUGGCGGUGUGGGCAGCCAGCCUGGUGCUCUCGGCGCUCCCGCUGUGCGGCUGGGGCGCCUUCGUGCGCACGUCCUGGGGCUGCCUGGCCGACUGCUCCAGCUCCUACGUGCUGCUCCCCUUCGCGGUGUACGCUCUCGCCUUGGCGCUGCUGGCCGGCUUCUCGCUGCCGCUCACCCCCCAGUUGCUGUGUUCCGAGGAGCCACAGAGACUUCUUGGCAACUAUCAGGCAAUUUCCCGAGGGGCUUCCACCCCCGGAACCCCUCCCACCGGGGGAAGAACGCUUUCCCUGUCUCCAGAAGCCGCUCCAGACUGGGCUGUACGGUGCACUGGAGGCUCCCCUAGCUCGGACAAAGUGUUCGGAGCGAGGCUGCCCGCUGCGGCUGGAGCCAGCAGGCGGGAGCACCGGGGGACUCUCUAUGGCACCCGGAACUACACCGUUAGCGUCGCGCAGAAGCGCUUCGCCUUGAUCCUAGCACUGACCAAAGUCCUCCUUUGGCUACCCAUGAUGAUCCACCUGGUGGUCAAACACGUGGUAGAGUUUCAGAACCUUCCGUUGGAGAUCCUCAGCUUUCUACUAACCCUGCUGGCCGCCACUGUAACCCCCGUGUUUGUCUUGUCCAAACGCUGGACCCAUCUGCCCUGUGGCUGCAUCAUCAACUGCAAGCAGAACACAUUCGCAGUGACAUCUGACGGAGAGAAAAGUAAGAGGAAAGGCUUUGAAUUCAAUCUAUCAUUCCAACAAAGUUAUGGAAUUUAUAAAAUAGCUCAUGAAGAUUACUACGAGGAUGAUGAAAAUUCUGUAUCCUAUCACAAUUUGAUGAACUAUGAUUGUGAAACUACAAAAGACUCUCAAAGAGACAACCGUACUAUCUUCAAUACCAUAAAAGUUGAAAUCAGCACCACACCUUGUCUGGACAGCUCUGCACUAAAGGGCAUUAACAAAUGCACAAAUACCGACGUUACAGAGAUCAAACAGGAUUCGGACAAAGAAAGGAGUCUAUUUUCUGACAAAAGGGAAAGUGUUAUUAACUAUGAAGAAACUGCCUUUUUUGAAGCGCCAGAGAGAAGGCUGUCUCAUGAAGAGAAUCAGAAACCAGAUCUUUCAGAUUGGGAGUGGUGUAGGAGCAAAUCAGAAAGAACACCUCGUCAGCGUUCCGGCGGUGGGCUUGCCAUUCCUUUGUGUGCUUUUCAGGGGACUGUGUCUCUCCAUGCACCUACAGGGAAGACUCUGUCUCUUUCAACAUACGAGGUAAGCGCAGAAGGCCAAAAAAUAACCCCAGCCUCUAAGAAAAUAGAAGUCUAUCGAUCCAAAAGUGUUGGCCAUGAACCAAAUUCAGAGGACUCUCCCAACACAUUGGCGGACACCAGUGUGAAAAUACACUUGGAGGUUCUUGAAAUUUGUGAUAACGAAGAGGCGUUGGACACUGUGUCUAUCAUUAGCAACAUCAGCCAGUCCUCCACCCAGGUCAGAUCUCCAUCCCUACGCUACUCACGAAGAGAAAACAGAUUUGUUUCAUGUGAUUUAGGGGAAACAGCCUCAUACUCUCUCUUUUUACCCACGAGUAACCCUGAUGGUGAUAUCAACAUCUCCAUUCCAGACACUGUUGAAGCUCACAGACAGAACAGUAAACAACAGCAUCAAGAAAGGGAUGGCUACCAGGAGGAAAUCCAACUGUUAAAUAAAGCUUACAGGAAGAGGGAGGAAGAAAGCAAGGGUGAAUAG